UUAGAAUUGGCACAAUGUUUUCCUGUAGUGCGCGUAUUUAUAGGCAAGGUGGUAGCGCUGGAAGGCUGUUCUCGCUGUCGCAUCGCUUUCAGUAGCUGAGUGGGUCCUUAGCGCUAACCCACUCAUGCACCCGUGUCUGCACCUCGAAGAAAUUCUACAGGAGAUCUUCAAAAGUGCUGACUAUAGGUCGUUGACGAUUCUCGCAAGGACAUGUCGAUUGUUUUACGAGCCCGCGCUGAAUGACAUCUAUUCAGAUCUCCCAGGGCUCCAGCCAUUAAUUGAGCGCUUGCCCCGCGAUCUGUGGUCAACGAGGUCCGGUACAUUGGUUGUUAGGGGUCCCUUGCGCCCUGAGGAUUGGGAAAUAUUUGCAAGCUAUUCUCGCCGGGUUCGUAGCAUACGGCUUAGAUGGUUCGCGAGCGAUGUCGGGCUUUAUCGCGCCCUUUCGUCCCCCCCUGAUCCCUCAUUCCUCCUACCCAACCUUCGUACAUUGACUUGGCACUGUCUCAGCGCCCGCUCUGCUGGACUUGAUGUCAUGAUCGCUUUCAUGGGUCUGCUCCUCGGCCACAACCCCGCGGAAGCGCAGCUUAUCGUAUCUGAACAUGCUCUUGCUGCAUUCUCCGAUCUUGGAUGCACAUCGCUUAAGAAGCUAGUCAUCCAAAAUCACAAAGUUGCUAUCAGUCCAAAUGUCACAGAAGAUGCGAUAUGCAAACUUUCUGCUUUGAGAUCACUCACAUGCGGGGAGGUUUCAAUCAGAGCUCUUCAUCACUUGGCGCAAUUUCCGUUGUUGAGCCGCUUGUCAAUUGGACUUGGAGACGAUAUCCCAUCCGCAUUCACCUUUUCAAGAUCGCCAUUUUGCAAACUUCGCUAUUUGACAAUCAAUACUAAAACCGUCGGUCCUUGCCUCUCUAUGCUUAAGGCGACCAACUGGAACAUACGCUGUUUCCACCAUCGGAUGGAUGCGGGGUAUGAUCCUGCUGGACGCAAGGCGCUUCUGGAUUUGCUUCCCUUGCAGCUACCGCACAAGUCACUGAAGUGCAUUUCCCUGCACACCAACGCCGCCCCGCAUGAAGACGACGACCUUAUCACAAAUCCCUUAUCAUUAAAACCGCUUUUUAGCUUCAAGAAUCUGUUGAUACUGGAGCUCAGCGGAGCUAUCCUCCCAGGACUGGAUAACGACGGGCUGCAAAAGCUCACUGUUGCGUGGCCGCAGCUGCGAGUCCUCAUACUGCAGCAGAAAGCAGGGCCUUAUCAUAUUCCACAAGUAGAUCUGACUGGGCUUGUUCUACUGCUGGAACAUUGCCCUGAUCUAUAUCAGCUCGCACUUUCUGUGAAUGCAAUCAUUGACACCAAGGCACCUCCCGCACCUCCAAUGAGCAGCAUCAGCAAUAAGCUCAUCACCUCCAUCAACUUUUGCAAUUCGCCCAUUACGAGAACAGCCGAAGUUGCAGCGUUUCUCUCUGCUAUCGUGCCCAACCUCCGGGAAGCGUUAUCUUGGACAGGAGAGGUGGUGUGCCCUGGUGGGAGCGUUCCCGACUAUCGAAGACGGUGGGGAGAUGUAGCAGAGUUGGUCUGUGUAUUUGCAGAGGUGCGGAAGCAGGAAAGGGAAUCAUGCGCGCACUCAAGAGAGAAGUAGUGCGUAAGUGAUAUCCUUGCGGACCAUUGCUGCGAUUUCAUGGCCCAGACAGUGCAUUCUUGGGUUCUAUCCCUGGGUGCGGCUCUGGGCAUCUGGUCUAGGCGGGCAGAACUGUAUUUCUAAUCAAAUAUGUAGCGCGAGACUUUCUUCACACAAAUGUUGUUGUUUUUUUCGAGGGCUUUUGUACGUUUUUUCAGUACUCUAGGCACACAUUUUGUGCAAAUCCCCUGGGGCCUAUAGGCAUAUAGCUAUGUAUACAUACCGAGAGUACUUGUGGACUUCAAACAAGGCGCAUCUGAAUCUUUGAAACAUACUGUUAUCGAAGG